AGGCGGUCGUGGUCGCUUUACGGAAAGGAUUUUCUGCAGCUAAUGAAGCUCUUACAUAUAGCGAGGCUGUCCUUGUCAGAUGUGGACAUCUGCCACCUUCUAAAACCUUCAGCACAUUACGGACACAAAAUCCAUAAUGGCGUCUCGCUUCCUCAAGUUCUCUGUGCUUCUUCAGAAGUACCGGACUCCCCUGCUUCUUACCAGCUGUGGCGGGGUCUUUGCAGCAAACAUUUUCUACCAUGUUUUCCCCGACAUAUCGUACCGUAAGCUCUAUCAGGCCUGGCACAAAGGAGAGCCUGUAGAGCUGUCUGAGAAGCUGAAGGGAGUUGUCCAGCAGGUGAUACAGGACUAUGGUGUGAGCUCCCCCAAGAAUUUCUCUGCGUUCGCCUCCUUUGGGUUCCAUCCAGUGGGAGCUGGUGUCCCUUGGCUUCCUAAAGGCGCUCAAAUUGGCAUCCCUGCAAACUUUAACAGCUCCCCAGAUGACCCGAGCGGAAUCAUCAACCGCACCAUUUUCAUAAACGGUAAAGCGGUGGACUGGAGCAGUGAUACCGGCUCAGCUCUGAAGGAAGCUCUAGUGUUUUCCCUUGAGGCACAGAAGUUUGCCAUAGCGAGAGAAGUGGCCCGCUUGCAAUCAGGAGGACCUGUUUUGAAUGCUGUUGUUGCCCCGUUCUGCCUGAGUGGUGUUUGGGUGUACAGCGUGGUGCUGAAGCAGGUGUUGGGUCUCCAUUCCGUUUCGCCAUUGUUUCGCGGGGCUGCAAACAUCGUCGCACUGGGGCUCGGUGCCGUGUCCUACUUCCUCACCUCGGAUGCUGUCAGCCACUGGAAUGACAUGAGCGCUGACCGGCUUGCAGCUGGAGUGUCCCGUGAUUAUGCCAAAGGUGGUGUUGAGUUUUACGACAAGAUUCUUUCCAGAAACAAGACUCUGCGCUCUCUGAUGGGACAGAAGGGAGAAGAAAUGUAUGCUCCCAGUGGGAACCUGUUUCCUGCUCACCUCUUGCAGCUGAAACACACACCAUACACAUCCAGGAGGGACAGGAUCCUCUCUCUGCUGAAAGAGGAGAAAGUUUGAAAAGACGGAGAGAGGCGACGUUGUGUUCACAAUUAACAUGGAUCUCAUUUGGCUUUUCCUGACACUGUAGUAUCCUGCUGGAAAUCAGGUUUUUCUCUGAAUAGACUGCAAGAAAAAAAAAACCUGGAAGCGUGUCUGACCUUUUUUUGCAGCAAAAAAAAAUCUUAGCCAAAAGAAUUGUUGGCAUACAAAUUGUCUUCCCACAUAUGCAAAAAAAAAAAUGUUUGCAACAUUUUUGAAUCUUGAAGUAUGUUACCAAUCAAAUGACAGUAAGAUGGGGUUUCAAUUGUUUUAUUUAUAGGUUGAUAAGCCUGUACUGUGUUGUACAAAUAAAACUUUUUGAAGCUUG